UCACUGUACCUUUAAGAGGAGGGGAGCCUGAUGGCAGUGUGGGGGUUUGUAUGAAUAUCAGAUGAGCUCCGUUUGUGCCAUGCGGACCUACACACACACGCGCACACACACACACACACACACACACACACACACACACACACACACACACACACACACACACACAUACAUACACCACGCUGGCCAGCCAUAGGCUGUUGCAGACUAUUUCUUCUAUAGAUAAGCAGAGAAAGGAAGAGAAAGAUGAAAAUGUAUAUCACAGAACAGAAGAGGGAAGACAAGGCUGCAUAAGACGGCUGAGAAGAUAGAAAGAGGGUGGUAGUGCAGACAGCAGCAGCCUCGGCAGAAUUCCCAGAAUCCCUCAACACUUACGGCUGAUUGUUCAUACCUGCUCAGAGGAGCCGAGGUCGACACCUGUCAUGGCAGACUAGCUUUAUGUGUCUGUCUGAGGAGUGUUAAACUUGGGAGAAGAGAGACAGAAAUAGAGGAGGGAUAGAAGAUAAACGGGAGAGAUAAAGUGCUUGUGAUGUUGCGUGGGGAUGAUGCAGAAUAUCAGCGCCGGUAUCACACUCUGGGCAGCUCCACCCGCCGCCUUUCAAACCCCGACAUGGAGGCCUACGCUAAGCUCCACAAGGGCGGCGACGUGGAGCACCAGCGAAACAAAAACCCUCCACAGCACGCUGCCACGCUGGUCAACACUAACUGCGCACGACAGCAGCAACCACAUUACUGGAGUUUUAAGGCGAGGACUCCGCGUGGCUCUGCGGGGUUACAGCAGCAAACGCUGGGCGAGCAGGGGGGUGGGCGACUGUGUUAUGCGUCUGCAGAGAGUUUGGAGAGCAUGGCCGAUGCUGAGAUCCCACUGGGCUUCAGUCGCUCCAACAUACUCAGACAGAGUCUUCCACUUGCCCGAUCACCAAGCCAAGCUAAACUAAGAGCCCCCGCGGUGUUAUUUUUGCAGUUUGGUGACGAGACACAUCGAGUGCACAUCACUCAUGAGCUGACCAGCAUGGAAACACUUCACGCGCUCAUCGUUCACAUGUUCCCUCAGAAACUGACGAUGGGUGCACUGCGUUCACACGGCACAGCUCUUCUCAUCAAAGACGAGGCACGCAACAUCUUCUAUGAGCUGGAGGACCCUCGUGACAUCCACGACAGAUGUCUUAUUAAAAUAUACUGCAGAGAGGCUCCAAUACGAGACCCACACUAUAACACGCAACACACACCCCACCCUGUACACCACGGCCACAUCACCAAUGGAGACCUGCGGAGAGAGCUGGUGUACACCUCGAGGGAAUCAUCUCCCACACGCCGUAUGAACACACUCCCAUCUUCCUCGCCUUCCUCUGGUUCACCGUCACACUCACAAGCUCGCCUUUCCUACACGGGUGGGCGUCCGUCCUCUUACGCGGGGCCCCAUCCGUCACCUCAGCUCCACCACUAUCAGCACCAACACCAUGCCCAUUCAGCUGGCCACGCCCCCCAACAGCAAGGCCACACCCACCCUGCAUUUUGCCCUUCCCCCAGUGCCAUUCUGGAACGCCGUGACGUAAAACCAGAUGAAGAAAUUACAUCAUCAUCGAAAAGUGUGGUGCUGCUUAAAAACGAAGCAAUAUACGCAGACCCAUACACGCUUGUCCAAGAUCCCCGCAUCAGUAUUGCAUCACAGCAAGCUCUGGCAUACCGUCGCGGCUCUGUACGCUCUCUUGGUGGCUACCCUGCAGCGGCAUUACAGUGUGAGCUCGAGGGCGCCCUUUACAGGCCCGGAGGACCCAUAUAUGUGGAUCCAUAUGCCACAAUGGGUUUCCGCACCUUACCUCCAGGCUCACCACAAAAACUGUCUGAUAGCAGGGACCCUUAUGGGAGCCACCCAGGCCGCGGGUCCCCAGGGAGACACGGGUUACGUAAAGAUGGCACUGUGUUCAUAGAGAGCCCCAAAAAUCGUCCUGGGGGGCAGCAGCUGGAGCAGAUAUGUAUGCUGGGGGGCCCUGGAGGAGACGGAGGGCCAGUUUAUGGCUCAACAUUACAUGGUAACGAAGAAACCAGAGAGCGUAUGGAGGCAAUGGAGAAACAAAUAGCGAGUCUGACCGGUCUGGUUCAAAGUGUCUUGACCCGUGGACCAGACAGCCCUGAAAAGGCAGAAACAGCAAGCGACUGCUCAGCACCAGAGAUCUCGUCCCCAUCCACGCCCCUGGCUCUAAUGCCACCCCCGCCCUCUGGAGUCUCUCAGCCAAUAGCGAUGUCCCAUUUACAAAUGCAGCUGCAUCUUACAGACCUGCAACAGCACACGGUUGAACUACGCAAACAGCUGACAGAAUUACGCCAACUACAGUUGCAGAAUCAGGAUUCUGUGCAGGCGUUACUCAGACAGACAGAGUCUGAUUUGGGAAUGUGUCUGAUCGAGGCAUCUCGGACACAAGAAGAUCCACUACAGCGUCAGCGUCUUCUGGUGGAAGAGGAGAGACUACGCUAUCUUAAUGAAGAAGAACUCAUUAUACAACAACUACAUGAUCUAGAGCGCUCCGUGGAGGAGAUGAGGGUGGGAGUGGGGCUUAACCAUAACCUGGUAACCCAACAGGAAAUAGAACAGAAGAGUUUGGAACUCAGGAGACUCGGAGAGACCGUCACUUACCUCAAGAAUCAGUUCCCUACUUUACAAUGUAAGAUGCGUGUGGUGUUGAGGGUUGAAGUUGAAGCCGUCAAGUUUCUGAAAGAAGAGCCACUCAGAUUGGAAGCACUUCUGAAACGCUGCAGAAACAUUACUAAUACACUCGCUGUACUGCGAAGGCAGGUAUCGGAAGGCGUGUGGAGGACUCCUGAUGACUUCAGUAGUUCUGUUUCCAGCUCCAGCGAUGUUGACUUCAGCCGAAGUUCUGAUCUGGAUAUUCUUAACAGUCCAUCUCUAAAUCUGCCUGACCUAGGGGGCACCUUAUCGGGCACUGCCACUCUCUCUGUCUCCCUGGGCACUAAUACCACCCUGGGGACAAACCCCAGUGCUUCCUGUUUAGAAGGUACCACUAGUCUGUCAAAUGUGCUCGGCUCCAGUGUUGGUGGCACUCUGAGCAGCAGUGGUAUGUCGGGAUGCACCACACUGGGCAACUGGUUGGCAGGAGCCGGGGCAACAGACCCCAUCAUGCCUGAGAUGGACAGCUCCUCAGCAGGGGCAAUAAAGACCUCUGGCCUGGAAGACCUGCCCAUACGUAGAGAAUCUGACAAAGGAGUGUCCGUGGAGGUCCGACUGGCUGCCGAGCGAGACUGGGAGGAGAAGAGAGCCAGUUUAACUCAGUUCAGCGCUCAGGACAUCAACCGCCUGCUCGAGGAAACACAAGCAAAGCUCAUGAAGGCCAUUCCUGAUCUGGAUUUUGCUGCCAAGCAGAUCACCAAACCGGCUGUACCUCCAAAACCCCAACUCUCCUCUCUGCCAGCCCCUGGAUCCACCUCCUCCACCCCGAGCCUAACACCUGAACAUCACCCCAGCAAAACUCCACCCAAACCACUCAGCAAAGACAGUAUUCCACGCAGGGGAUCGGGAGAGUUGACUGUGCAGCGGUAUCGAACAGAAAAGCCGUCCAAGUCUCCGCCCCCUCCUCCACCCCGCCGAAGUUUCCCAUCAGCACUUGGACUCACAACCAACAGCAGUGGAGACGUUAUCACCAUAAGCAAGAGCUUGAAGAAAACCGAGAACAAAGAGGAUGCUGAUGUACCGACUCAAUCUCAAACACCACCCAUCAAACUCAGACGACCCUCGACCUCUGACGGACCCUCAUCCACACCGCCCGUCAUCGCCGCUUCCGGCAUGAAGGAGGAUGAAGAUGAGGAUGAGAAGAUUAUGGCAGAACUGGAGCCUGUAGGCACUCCUCCGGGCUCUGCUAAGCUGGUGCAGCCAUCUGCCGCGUCUCGCUUGCGACACCUGCAACAGAGCAGCCUGGAGCGUCGAAACCGGAAACAGCAGGAGGAAUUCCCUAAACUGCAGCAGGGUCAGCAGCAGGUAUUCCACUUCUAACAAUAACUGACCCUGCUAGCAUGCAGUUACCAUCCUGACUGAGGCUACCACUGACUUUACCUCUGAUCUACGCUAAAAGGCACUUGUUGGAACUGUUACACUUGCUGUUAUGUGCAAAAUUGUCAGUUCUAUGUUGUCUCCAAUGACUGUUACAGUAGCAGCUAAGCAUUAGGGUUUGGCUGUUCUUCUAGAAGUUAUGUGUUUUGGAGAUUUGCUGGCCCAGUUGCUGCACAAAAGUUACAGUUUUCCACUGUGCAGAAUGGAGUUCAAAGUCAAAUUUUUCUGACCUCUUUUGCAUUCACUGAUUUCACUUAUACUUACAGAUUUAGUAUUUUUCACUUCCAGUCUACAUGAACUAU